GCGUAGUAGCACGUUAUUUAUAAACACAGAGCUACAGAAAUAAUGUGAGGGACGAUAUUUCAGAAUGGAGGUGGAUCGAAUUUUUUAUAUAUUCGGCAGUUUCUCAAGGAAAAAGCAGGACAGACGCAAGUCUUUAGAACAAACCUCAGUAAGUGCUGGGAACAGUCCUAUGAAGGUUAGGUCUAGACCUGGGAGCCAAAACAUGCCAGCCAGGACAUCUGCGUACCAAUUAGACAACGUGAUUAAAGAAUGGGAGUGUGGGGUGUGCAAGAAGGAGCUGGUGGAGCCAAGAUUGCUUGCCUGUCUUCACAGCUUCUGUACAAGGUGUCUUCAGGGUCUACCGUUGGAAGGAGAGUCAGAAAACUGGAGCGAUAUAGAUGUAUCAAUACAACAAGACUCCAGUUCUAGAUCCACAUCAGGCAGUGGAAGUGCCAGUGGUAGUGGUUCUGCAGCAUCAGGAUACGAGAGUGAAAGAAACUCUGAUUCUGAUGCUAGUCUUAAUCAGAAACCUCGAAAAUUCGGAAUUUAUACAAAAAAGGCAUCAGGCAAGAGUAUCCAUUUCGUAGUAUGCCCAACUUGUUUGGGGGAGACGCCUCUGCCCUUGGGUGGAGUGUCAGCAUUACCUUUGAACUAUGUAUUGUUGAGGAAAAUCGCAAGUCGAGAUGCUGCCAAUGUUCUAUGCGAUCUGUGCAGUAGUGAUUGCAAGGCGGAGAGUAGAUGUGACGAAUGUCUACUGAGCGUCUGUACAUCGUGCGCUGAUUCGCAUCGGAAGCAGAAGGCAACAUCCAAACAUCCCGUUCAUCCCAUAGAUCCUCCAGUCAGAAAUUGCACCCAACAUCCACGGUCCGAGUUGAGUGUAUACUGCGCUACUUGUCAGCAGGUUGUAUGUCGUGAUUGUUGUGUAAUAUCCCAUUCGGGGCAUGCUCUGGCAAACGCUUCACGAGCGGCAAAAGAACGCGCUCGGCAAGUGCAUGACGCGUGCGAGCGAGCGAAGCAUGUACCAGAUAAUGUUGAAAGAGCCACCAGGAUACUCCACGUGCAUGCUUAUGAAGUUGAGACCCAAGCAUCCCGCGUGGAAGCAGAGAUUCGUGCAUGGACAGAAGAAUACAAGCGUGCAGUGGAAGCUCACGGGCGCGCAUUAUGUACUGCCGCAGCCAAAGCGAGAACCUCAUGCAGAGAGAAGAUAGAACAUAAGACACGACAGCUGGAAGAAAGAACACAACACGCGUUGGAUGCGGUCCAGUUUGCUGAAGAGCUCCUCUCAGAAGGCAAAGAAGACGAGGUAUUGUCUCUAAGCGGGCCGGUACUCCGUCGUCUGGAGAGGCUGACGGAGCUUCAGCCAGUGUCGGAACCCCCUCGUUGCGAGUUGCGCUUCGCCCCCGACGCACCAGGACCGGAAAAUCGCUUAGUAGGAAGACUACUCACGCAGGCCGCUGACCCGGAUAAAUGCGUUUUAAAUACCGAAGGAUUUCAAGAUUUGCAAGUAGAGUACCCGCAUGAAACAGUACUAGAACUCCAUGACGGGAAAGAUGAGAGGAUAUGGUGUGGAGGAGAGCAGGUUUGUGGCUACUUUAGAAGACGGGAUUCCUCAGCAAGACCCGCCUUAGCACGUGUUAGAGAUAGAGGUGAUGGUUCCUAUACUGUAACUUUUGCGGCUCCUAGCCCCGGAGCUUACUUGCUGGCUGUUACACUUAACAAUACUCCUAUUAAGGGCAGUCCAUUUGCCUGCUGCGCACGAGUGAUGAAAGCUCACUCGGGUCAGUUCCACUGUUGCUCGUUCUGUUCUUCGGGUGGACGAAGGGAUGUUACUUGCGCUUGUGGAUCUACUAUGGCUGGUGGUUAUAAAGGUUGUGGCCACGGUCACGCUGGAUGGCCUGGGACUAGACACUGGUCGUGUUGUGGUAAUACCAGACGAAAUGCACCCUGCGCAAGACCGCCACAACAAUUAUACCAAUUUUCUCUGUAAUAUGCCAAUAUAAUACACAUUUACUUUUUUCUAUACUACAAGUCCAUACUUGAAACUGAACUUAAAAAUUGCGUAAAUAUCGGUGUAUCAGAGUUAACUUACACAAUAAUAUGUAUUAUAAUGUAUAAAUGUACCUACGUAUGAUUAACAUGUACUGGGCAGAUAAUACUAGUGAUAAUAGACGAUUGUGUCUUAAGUUAUUGUCUUCUCAAAGGUCAUCAAAUAGGUCUUUAUUUAUAAGACUUGUUUGGCGAGCGUUUUCAGUUAAAAGGAUAAUUACUGAUGUAAGUAUUUGAUAUGAAAAGUGUAUGACGACGUGAUCGGACUAAAAACUAAUGCAAAUUCUUUGAAAUUACGCAAAUUAAAAAAAUGCUGCUUUUAGAGCAAUGCGUAUAAAAAGAUGUAGCAUAAAUUAAUGCGAUUGACUUGUGAUAUUUUCCAUACUGGUGACGAGUUCACGCAUGUAUAAAGUUUAAAUAUAAAAUUGAGAAGUUGAGGUACUGAUUAGAAAUUUCUAGAUUAGGUACUUUACGGGCCAGUUACAAAGUUGUCUUAAAUAUUUUACUUACGUAGACAUUGUUUUAGAAUAAAAUAUGUAUCAUGUAACUAAUAAAUAGUAGAUAGAAAAACAGUAUUAUUCGUUAAACUGUGGUAUUUACUGUGAUUGUUAUAAAUAAAAUUAUUAAUGUAA